ACUUCCACAGCUUCCACUUUCCGUAGUCAAGAAGAAAGAAAGGAAUAUUGGUUAUGGUUGCAACUGUCACAAGAGAGACAGAAAACCAAACAAGGUCGGUAGUAGUCGAAAUUGUUAAGAGCUGUUUAGAAGAAAACAUGUUCAACUGUAUUACAACACGUUCUAUUUCGUGUUCUCCCCGACUGAGAUCAAGACUGAUCAAAUUCAGAUAUGGUUCCUCCAGAGACCAGCAAACUGCCUCUUCCACUGCACAACCGAAAGGCGAGGUCCCUAAGUCGGGAAUAAAGCAUGAAGAAGCUAUUUGGGAUUUCCAGAUAGCUCCUAGAUACAGAAGAAAACCCCUUGAUGAAGAAGAAAUUGCGGUUAUUAACAACGGGGGUCCUUUGUAAAUACCUACUAGUAUUAGAUGAGAAAUAGUUGCUGAUGAUAAUUUAUUUAUUACUUUAGAUACAUUUUUGAAUAAACGUUAUACUUUUAGAGUGAAA